UGUGUGUGUACGUGUUUGCAUGCGCGUUCCGGUGGCCGGGGGGAUUGGCUGCGAGUGUCCAAGGAAAGUGGUGGCAGAGGGGGCUAGGAAGACUGGGGAGGGUCCUGGCGGCUUGGAGUUUCCAGGGACGGAAGCAAGGUCAGUGGGGAACUUGGGAUGAGGCCGGAUCAGCCCAGCCCAGGAAAAAUACGGCUGCGCCUGCGGGGUGGAGGCGAAGGCUGGAUAAGGAGGGUGAGGCCCUCUGGCUGAGGGCCCCCCCCCCCCGCCGUUUCAUCCCUCAGGGGAGCAGAACUUCAUCAAAUCCCUGAUCCACUUUGAUAAAGACAAUAUCUCAGAUAAGGUUCUGAAGAAAAUUGGGGCCUACUGUGCGCAGCCAGACUUCCAGCCUGACAUCAUCGGCAGAGUCUCACUCGCUGCCAAGUCCCUGUGCAUGUGGGUGCGGGCCAUGGAGCUGUAUGGGCGUCUGUACCGCGUGGUGGAGCCCAAGCGGAUUCGGAUGAACGCUGCCUUGGCCCAGCUUCAGGAGAAGCAGGCAGCACUGGCCGAGGCCCAGGAGAAGCUGCGGGAGGUGGCUGAGAAACUGGAGACGCUGAAGAAACAGUACGACGAGAAGCUGGCCCAGAAGGAGGAGCUUCGCAAGAAGUCUGAGGAGAUGGAGGUGAAGCUGGAGCGUGCGGGGCUGCUGGUGUCCGGGCUGGCUGGCGAGAAGGCACGGUGGGAAGAGACGGUGCAGGGCCUGGAGGAGGAUCUGGGCUACCUGGUAGGUGACUGUCUCCUGGCCGCUGCCUUCCUGUCCUACAUGGGCCCCUUCCUGACCAACUACCGGGACGAGAUCGUCAACCAGAUCUGGAUGAAGAAGAUCUGGGAGCUUCAGGUCCCUUGCUCGCCUCGCUUCACUUUUGAUAACUUCCUGUCCAAUCCUACCAAAGUUCGAGACUGGAACAUCCAAGGAUUGCCCUCGGAUGCCUUUUCUACUGAGAAUGGCAUCAUUGUCACCCGUGGUAACAGGUGGGCGCUGAUGAUUGACCCUCAGGCCCAGGCCCUAAAGUGGAUCAAGAACAUGGAAGGAAACCAGGGCCUCCAGAUUAUUGACCUGCAGAUGAGCGAUUACCUUCGAAUUCUAGAAAACGCCAUCCAGUUUGGAUAUCCAGUGCUGCUCCAGAACGUGCAGGAGUAUCUGGACCCCACACUCAACCCUGUGCUCAACAAAUCUGUAGCUCGAAUCGGCGGUCGGCUGCUGAUGCGCAUUGGAGACAAGGAGGUGGAGUACAAUACAAAUUUCCGGUUCUACAUCACCACCAAGCUCUCCAACCCCCACUACAGCCCAGAGACCUCGGCCAAGACCACCAUUGUCAACUUUGCUGUCAAAGAACAGGGCCUGGAGGCUCAGCUGCUGGGCAUCGUGGUCCGGAAGGAGCGGCCGGAGCUGGAGGAGCAGAAGGAUUCACUGGUCAUCAAUAUUGCUGCCGGCAAGAGGAAGCUCAAGGAGCUGGAGGACGAGAUCCUUCGGCUGCUGAAUGAGGCCACAGGCUCCCUGCUCGAGGAUGUGCAGCUGGUGAACACCCUCCAGACCUCCAAAGUGACGGCCACCGAGGUGACGGAGCAGCUGGAGACCAGCGAGACCACGGAGAUCAACAUCGACUUGGCCCGCGAGGCUUACCGCCCCUGCGCCCAGCGGGCCUCGGUGCUGUUCUUCGUGCUCAACGACAUGGGCCGCAUCGACCCCAUGUACCAGUUCUCGCUGGACGCCUACAUCGGCCUCUUCGUCCUCAGCAUCGACAAGAGCCACCGCAGCCACAAGCUGGAGGACCGCAUCGACUACCUGAACGAGUACCACACCUACGCAGUCUACAGGUACACCUGCCGCACGCUUUUUGAACGCCACAAGCUGCUGUUCAGCUUCCAGAUGUGCGCCAAAAUCCUGGAGACCUCUGGCAAGCUCAACAUGGAUGAGUACAACUUCUUCCUGCGCGGGGGCGUGGUGCUGGAUCGGGAGGGCCAAAUGGAUAACCCGUGUACCAGCUGGCUGGCGGAUGCCUACUGGGAUAACAUCACAGAGCUGGACAAACUGACCAACUUCCACGGGCUCAUGAACUCCUUUGAACAGUACCCUCGUGACUGGUACCUGUGGUACACGAAUGCCACCCCAGAGAAGGCCAUGCUGCCAGGUGAGUGGGAGAACGCCUGCAAUGAGAUGCAGCGGAUGCUGAUCGUCCGCUCCCUGCGCCAGGACCGCGUGGCUUUCUGCGUCACCUCGUUCAUCGUGUCCAACCUGGGCUCCCGCUUCGUCGAGCCGCCCGUGCUAAACAUGAAGCUGGUGAUGGAGGAUUCGACCCCGCGAACCCCGCUGGUCUUCAUCCUGUCCCCCGGCGUGGACCCCACCAGUGCCCUGCUCCAGCUGGCAGAGCACACGGGCAUGGCCCAGCGCUUCCACGUCCUGUCCCUGGGCCAGGGCCAGGCCCCCAUUGCUGCUCGGCUCCUCCGGGAGGGCGUGAUUCAGGGACACUGGGUGUUCCUAGCGAACUGCCACCUGUCACUGUCGUGGAUGCCUAAUCUGGACAAACUGGUGGAGCAGCUGCAGGUGGAAGACCCUCACCCUUCCUUCCGCCUCUGGCUCAGCUCCAGCCCCCACCCGGACUUCCCUAUCUCCAUCUUGCAAGCCAGCAUCAAGAUGACCACAGAGCCACCAAAGGUCUUGCUCAUCUCGUGACUAGCACCGGGACCCCUACGGACUAGGGGCUUCACAAAUGAAUACUGUGUGAACCCACGUCUCAUCAUUUCAAUCCUCCUUGACCGCCUUGGGGCCGCGGACUCAGCGGACUGGCCCUCCCCUGGGUCCCCUGAUGUCACUUACCCCGUCCGCGUUUCUUGGUCCUCUUGUUCUGUGGUCGUAGCUCCGGACUUGGUCCUUGACCUCCAGCUAUGCCCAUUCUAUAUUUCCUCCUUUGGCAACCCGACAGAGAAAUUGUCCUUUUCCUGAUUUCAACUCCAAUCCUUAUCUCCUGGCACCAGUCGCUCAGUCCCAGGCCUGGAUUCCACAUGGCUACAAGGCAUUUCUUCCUGGCGAGCCGGCUCCCUAAAUCCCCCGCUCUCAAAGCAAGUUGCCAGCCCGCCACCAGAGAGAGCCUCCUCAUCCCAUCUCUGUUCAUGGUGCCUCUAAUUUUUUUUCAUUUUUUCAUUUUCAUUUUUUAUUU